AGUAGUCAUCUGAAUAUAUAGUUAUAGUAGUCAUCACAUGGAUCCUAUUCAAAACAAAAACAUGGUUCUUUGUUAUGCCAUAGCCAAAAUGAAGAUUAGGGCCACAGUGAUCACACUUCAAGCAUAACCUAAUCCCAAAGAACUAUCCUGAUACUUUUACACAGUACCCAUACGUUGACAUUAUUCUGAACAUAUGUUGAUAUUUGAUAUUCUCAACAUUCUCCUAUGGUACACACAAUCCACCUUCCCCACCUGCACUGAAUUAAUGAAAACAUUAGAUGCUAAAUAUAUUGCAGGUACCUAGCCCUAUCGACAUGAGAUGCAUCUAAUCUCAGCUGCUGAUCUCACCGCUCGUCCUCCUUAGUCACCGGUUCUCCAUCACACAAAACUAAAUUGCUAGAAUCGAGCGAGCAAAAAGUGAGUAAGAAACCUUGAACAACAGGAAGACACAGAGAGAGACCAAGAGGUGGGGGGGGGGCGUGAGGUUCCUGGAUAGACGAGGCGUUCUCCCUGAACAGGAACUUGCCUUUUAAAAAACGGGAGAAGUGGUUUUCCUGUGGAGGAAACGAUCAGAGAAUAGUGGAGGCCCAGCCGAGACACUUUGUUCUCAUUGUAGCGACACACUGGUCAGGCAACUAGCCGAGCAGAAGCUCACACGGUUCUCCUGUGGCGCACUGUGAUUCCUUGAUCCCAGUCGGAACGCUAGAAGGAACAAGGUGCGAUCUGGGUAAUAAAGUUAUUUCCUUUGAGCCUCAAUGAAAGCUGUGAACUUUUUUAUGAAUUAGAGAAAAUGGCAGAGGGGGCCAUACUAUGCAAUAUGGAAGACUACAGAGAUGGAAGCACAAAGAGAAAACGCUAGUACUACAAAGAUCAAAAUGUAGAAAUGCCACAGCAUUCCAUUCAAUCUCAUCCUACCCAAAUCUCUCACUUUAUCAGAUUAUUUGUGAGCAAAUUAACCCAAUGUGCUGUCAUUUGGCAGAUAUCAUUUUCUACAUUCUACUGAAAACAAGGAUUUUUACCAUGUAAGGCGUUGGAGUGAUUAUGUACUGACAGCGAUUAUGUUCAAUGCAAGCUGCAACCUCCCCCUCAAUACAGACACCGUGUGUCUGACCUACAUCUACAGUGUGAUUUUCACAUUUGGCCUGCCUAGCAACCUCCUGUCGCUUUGGGGACUGUACCAACUGGGCCGCUCAGGCGGGGCUGGCUGUCAGCUCGUCCUCAUCCUCAACCUUCUUCUGUCAGACCUUCUCCAGCUUCUCACUCUACCGGUGUGGAUCCUCUACCUCCAGGGGGGCCAUCGCUGGCCCUACGGCCGGCCAGCCUGCGAGCUGGUGGGCUACGUAUUCUACGUCAAUGUGUACGCAAGCGUCAUGUUCCUGUGCCUGAUAGCGCUGGACCGCUGCCUGGCGAUUGUUUACCCGCUGUGCAGCCGCGGUGUGCGAACCGUGAGGGUGGCGGUGGCGGCCGGCAUGGCAGUCUGGACCCUGACCUUCUUGUUCUGCCUGUCCGGGCUGCUGCCCUCGGUGUUUGACCCCGAGAGGCUGCUGUGCUUGGAGCAGUACCCCGUCAGCCCGAGAUACGCCAAAUUUAAGAUAGCCACGACGGCCCUUGGGUUUCUGCUGCCGUGCGCCAUACUAGGCUACACCUCGGCCCGCAUCGGUCUGACGCUACGGAGGUCCCCCUCCGUCUCCCACCAGGAGCGCAACAAAAUCGUAGGCAUCCUCGUGGUCAUCACCGUCAACUUCAUGGCGGUCUUCGGGCCGUACCACCUGGUUGGCGGGUACCGCUUCGUGUCCCUGCUGCUGACCGACGAGCCGUGCCGCCAGGAGCGCUCCCUCUUCCUGGUGUACCGGCUGUGCUACGGCCUGACCAGCCUCAACACACUGCUGGACCCCCUCUUCUACAUCUUCCUGUGCUCGUACGCCCGGAUGGAGCUACGCAGGUCGCUGCCCUGCGUCAAGAGACGGCGGGCCCCCCCGCGGCCCGGCCCGCCCACAGAGCCAGGCUCUCCAACCCCCGAGAGCGCCUCCUCCAAAGCAUUGUGGGAAUGAGGCCAUGGGAGGUGAUAGGUUGGGCAGGAUGACAUCAUCACGUGAGAUGAUUAAAGUGAGAGGUGUUUUAAGGGGAAGGAAGGGGGGAAGGCAUACUGAGGAAGAUCCAGUGGCUUUGUUUUUGCUUUCUUCUCACAUGGGAUCACCAAUAAGGCUUCUGUAUCGACAAUGCCGUGGCUCCCCCAAGUGGUGAGAAUUGUCCUGGAUCACAAGGGUAAUUCAACAUUCUUCCUUCAAUUUAGUAAAACUUUACAACUAGUGUAUAGUCGUGAAUUCAUUCACACUUAAGUUGGUUGAAUACAGAUGAGUCUGGAAGGAAGAGAGAGUUUGGUGGAUAUUUUACUGGGUAAAUAAAUAAAUAUUUCAAUCAUUCAAGGAUUUCUUAUGCCUUGAUUUUGCAUCUUUGUAUCAAUCAAAUGUUAAUGGAAUUGUUCAAUAGUAUAGUAACUGAACAAUAACUGUGCAAAAAAUUAAAAUGAUGACCCAUUAUAAAAUAAAGAUAGGCUAUGCAUAUUUCCCCAA